AUGGGCAAUUGUCUCCCCGUCUUCGGGGGACGAUCAAGAAGCGAUGAAAUCCCAAUCGAGAGACGCUCAUCGGGCUCAUCGCAACACGGUUUUGACAAUCCAGUCGCCCUUCCACAUAGUAGCGCCUACGUAAACCAGCUUUACAACGAGAACAUGCUCCGAUCACAGCGAGUGGCUGAGGAGCAAGCUAAAGGGGCCGACACUGCCCGUCGUCGUGUACAAGGACUUCUCGAACAAAUCCCAGCCGAUAUGUUCACCCAGGAUAUGAAAGAUGCCGAAUGUGCCAUUUGUAUGGUGGAUUUCGAGCCGGGCGAUUGUAUUCGAUAUCUACCAUGCAUGCACUGCUUUCAUCAACAAUGCGUCGAUGAUUGGCUUUUGAGAUCCUUCACCUGUCCAUCCUGUCUUGCGCCAGUCGACUCAACUCUGCUUUCUUCCCUCACCGCUCACACCUCUCUCAGCCUCUCCGAUUUGGCUUCAUCUCCAGCCACUGUCACUCUCAAUGCAAUCCCCGUCAAUACAACUAAAGUUAACGGCUUUUCGCAU